GAACGCAAAUGAUUUGCAGAGUAGCUCCGGGCCGUUUUCCGCGCUGCUCCAUGAGCUCCGGGCCGCGUUCCAUUUCCUUCCACGAGCUCCGGGCCGAGUUCCAUUUCCUUCCACCAGCUCCUCGCCGUGUUCCAUUUCACGUCAUCGUACAACAUGGCAUCGGCAGCAGCAGCAGAAGUAGCGCCAGUGAAUGUCAACAAUGAGGUUGUUAAAUUGAGGAAAGAUGUCAAAAAGGCACGAACUUUAAUCAUCCGAAAAUUAACAAGAAAAAUGGUCCAGCUGAAAGCUAAAAAGGGAACGGAAGACGCCAUCUUGAAAAAUUUGCGACGUGCAGAAAGAUUGCUAGAGGAAAUCCACAUAAUGAAGGAUUUGAAACCAGAUUACAUUUCUAAAACUGCACUUCAGAGAAACCUCAAUUUUGAAAUAGUCUGCAAAAAGCCCAAAUCCACAGUAGCUGAGCGAGCAGUUGCACGAAUUGCCUCUCAUCCACUCAUAAGCAGAAAAAUUGAAGCUAUUAAAGUUGCUGUAACUUCAUUCAAAGAAGCGAGACAAAAAACAAAAAGACAAAGAUUGUGUGGUACGCCUCAUUUACAAACUGAAUCUUUGAAACAGGCAAGUCCAGAAGAAAGUAAACUCGAUGAAAUGAAUAAGAUAAAUGAAGAUGAUAAUGCCAGUGAGAGAAUCAAAAACAUAGCCUCCAAACCAGCGAGUGCGACUGUUAAAACAUCUGACACUAAAGCUCUGCAUAAUGACACAACCUCCGAAACUCCAGCUGCAGAAAUAACAUUGACUGAUCAACGUAGUGAAGAGAGUAAGCCACAGGAAAAAAUAAAAGAUUUAACUAAGUCCGAAAAUACCAAAGCUGUUGAAGUAAAUGCCAGCGAUCCGGAUGUAUCCACUGUUCCUGGUGUAUCCCGUCAUUCGGAUGUAUCUAGUGAAGACGAGAAGUAUUUUGACGACAGCACAGAGGAGAGGUAUUACAAUCAAACAUCUAGUGAUGACAGUGGGGAUGAUGAUUUCUUCAUUGGAAAGGUGAAAAGGAUAAGUAAAAAGAACCAAGAACUUGAUCCAACUUUGGAAACCAACACUCUGAAAGAUGAUGAAGAAAUCAUGCCAAAUAUCAUGAAGAAAGGGAAGAAUGAUCCCAUGGGUUGUGAUGGAAAGAACAACAACAGCCCAAAAACAACAUUUGGUUCUUUGUUUUGUAACAGCUUGUCUGAUUCAAAGAUUUCGAAACAGAAGAGUAACUUCCAAGGAAAUGUCAAGAAAAAGCGAUCAGAUGUUACACAAAGAAAGUCCCAAAAUAAGAUCCUGCCCUAUCGUGGGAGAUCAAGUGGGAGGUCUAGUGUUGUCUUUCCAAAGCCACAGCAAUCACUUCAUCCCUCUUGGGAAGCAAGCAGAAGGCAGAAAGAGCAGUCCAAGAUCAUUGCAUUCCAGGGGAAAAAGAUCAAAUUUGAUGAUUAGUGUUUUAAAAAAGACAUUUAUUACAUAUUUUUGUAUUCAGAAAGGUUUCACAUAAUGACAUUUAUCACAUAGAUAUGAAGCAUCUGUCCUGUGUUUUUUAUACCAAGAAGAAUUGUAGAGUUCAUUUUAAUGCAGUUUAUUUAUCAUUGCUUCUAAAUUUGUGAAGUGCACUUCCUGAAAGGCAACACAUUUAAAAUUCAUUUUGAAACAUUUACAAGAUUUGUUAAAUAUUAAGUACAGGACGUGGGAAAUGUUGUUUAUGUACAAUGUUUGGUUGAGGAGUAUUUGCUAUCUGCAAAUAUAGAAACAGAACAGAACUAAGAUUAUUUCUAGUAGUGAUAAUUCAAUAAAUAUUCUCAUUAGUAUUUUGUUAAUUAUUUAACUUUAUGGUGGUCACUGUAUUGUCAUAUUUGUAAGAACAGAACCUCAUCUUAAUUUCCUGCUUUACCUUUCACAGAUUGUUCCUGCAACUGAAAGAUCUUUUAAUCUUCAAAAUCUAAAGGCACCUUUUUUAGUUAAGCUUUCAGUGGUUAAUGUCAGCAGGGCACUAGACAACUGCAAGCUAGAUCAUGUUACUUGGGACUGUCUGAGUAGAUUGUGCCAAUAAAUUAUUAUUUUGUUAUAAACAUUUGAAUGGAUUGCUGAGAAAGAUUCAUAGUUGAUUGUCAGACAAAAACACAAGUCAUGAGUACUGUCCUAAAAGCUUUCUAUCGAGAAUUUCUUGUUUCCAAAUGCAGAUUAACCCUCAGGCUGAAGACGGUUCCAAAGAGUUUUCAAUUCCUCGUGUCAUGCCAUGAACUAAGAUGGGCUGAGUAGUCAUUUAUAGAUUAUUGAAUGAAUGACAUCACAUUAAUGUAACUUAGAAUAUAUUUGCUUCUAAGAUUCUGGUGUUAUGUGCACAUUACAGCCGUGGCCAGAGAAACUUGUGUUUUGUUUUUGAUGUUUUGGAUCACAAUUCUGAGAUAUUGCUGACCUAUGAUGUUUCUGACUAUGGAAUUUUGAAUAAAAAAUGUAA